AUGUCGACGGUGACCUUCUGGUUGCACGGUGGCACUUGUUUCGGGACGCUCACCUAUCAACAAAAAGAGGGAAACGACGAGACACAAAAUGAGAUCGUUGCAGCGCCGGCGAUCUUCGGUGAUAUGAGUGUGGACUAUCCGGAACACUCGGCUGAAAGAAUCAAUAGGACCUACACGUUGACUGAUGAUCUCCCCGAUGCCCCUCAACUGAUGAUCGAGAUUCGGGAUCUUGAAGGUGGAAUUCUCAUCAUUCGCCUCAAUGACAGCAACAGUGAACAAACGAAAGAGUUUCACACACAUGGACUCCGAAAUCAAAAAAAUUCGAGUCGAUUCUCGGUUUUCUAUCGGCUCACCUCAUUCGAUGUCUCUUUGCCGGAAUGUUUCAUCGAACCGACAAGGCCUGUUGAGGAGAUCGAAGAGACGAGAGAGUCCUUUAAACUCUUCUACAUCUUCAUUCCAAUCGCAAUUGUCGUCUUCCUUUCACAGCUCAUUUUUUACACCUACCAGCUCUGCAACGAAAAGCAAGGUUCCCAGAUCGAAUACAUCAGAAGCGUUGACCCAUGGGAGAUCGAUUCGCUGCAAUUGACGAUUUCGAAUCGAAUCGGUCGAGGAGGUUUCUCCGAUGUGUACUACGGAGAGUACCGUGGAACGCUGCCGUGUCUACUCGCGAAUCGCGAUUUAGAGGCUUGU